GCUUUAGGAAACAGAAUAAAACAUUUGUAAAGUUAUGUGCGAACAUUUUAAGAAGAACAUACUGUAAAUUUCAGUGACAGCUUCCGACUCGGGACCCGCAAUUUUGUUUCCAUGAAUUUGACAGCUAGGCAUGCCUUUGAUGAGAAUGCAACGCCCCAAUUUCGGAACGCCAAAUCAGGGUUUGGUGCUGGUCUUGGCGGAUUUAAGGACUCUGCUAAAGUGCAGCCAUGCAAGGCGACCAGCCAGCUGAGGAGUCGGAAAGCCCUUGGAGAUGUUACCAACACCCUCAGGGCCACCGCUGCGUCAUCCACCAAGCCGGCCCCUUCGAAAGCCUUCCAAACUGUGCCAGAGGCUAGCAUCGAGCACAUGGCUGGCAAAGGCUGGCGCGCCAUGGAGGAAGAGCUACAACAGCAGAAGGAAGCAGCUACUCUGAACCGCCUGAAACGCGUGGCUGAAGCGGCUAGCACGUGGACGACGGGCUAUCGUUGUUUCCUCCAGAUGGACGUGGAUGGCAGCGACGACGACAGCGACGCCCAGUCAGAUUCGGGGGAGCGCUUCGAGGAGACGCCCAUCGUGGUAUACAUGCAUGCGGAGCGUCAAUCGCAAGACGAGGACGCAUUGCGAAGGCUGCGGUCUAGCUCCCAAGACGUCUCGAGCCUCCUGCCGGACGUACCGUCGCAGCCGCUGGACCUGGACUUCUGCUGGAGCGAUGACGACCUGUACUAGCCCAAAAGGCGCGACUGCUGGCUAUAGCUUUGGAGACGGG